ACUGGCCAUUGCUGCUUCUCUGGCAAUCUGAUAGAAUGCGUGUUGAAAUUUCCUUGUUUUCCAGCGAAAUCUCGGGCAUGAAUGGCCCUUGCGGAUCGAUGCGAGCAGAUCCACGCCCUGCUAUCCGCGUUGAAAUCAUGCCACAAGUCGCGCAAUCUCGAGAAAGGCCAGAGGCUUCACAGUGAUGCGAUCCAAGACGGGGAUGAAUCGAACCAGUAUUUUGGCAACGGUCUUCUCAGCAUGUAUGGAAAAUGCGGUUCCAUGGUGGACGCCCAACAGGUUUUUGAUGCAAUGCCUUCUCGAGAUGUGGUCUCAUGGAACGCUUUGAUCGCAGGCUAUGCCGAGAAUGGGGAUGAAAGGCUGGGACUGGAAGUUUUUUCCUCCAUGCAACGAGAGGGAUACAAGCCAGAUGCUCGAAGCUUUGUUGCUGCGCUCAAAGCCUUGGCGAGCUUGGCAGCCGCGGAAGAAGGGCGAGAGAUAGAAGGCAAGCUCGUCAAAGAGGAGUGUCUCAAGCAAGGGAGAAUUCUUCACUCGCAAGCUCGAAUAAGUGGCUACGAAUCCAACGUUUUCCUUGCCAACACUCUGGUGGAUAUGUACGCGAAGUGUGGAAGCCUGGUGGAUGCCCGGCGAGCUUUUGCUAGCAUGCCUCGCCGGAGCGUUGUCUCUUGGAACGCGAUGCUGCUGGGCUGUGCGGACAAUGGCGAGGCCGAGGAGGGGAUGGGGCUGUUCGAAAGCAUGCAAAGUGAUGGAAGCUGCGAACCGGAUGCGAGAACUUUUGUGGCCGCGCUGAAGAACUGCUCGAUCCAGGCGGUGAAGGAAGAAGCCCGGCUGGUUGACGGGAUGUUGCUGAAGCUGGAGAGCUUGAAACGAGGGAUGGCUAUUCACGCCGAAGCGGCGAGAAGGAAGCAUGACUUAGACGGAUAUGUGACGAGCAGCUUGGUGGAUAUGUAUGCCAAGUGUGGGAGCUUGGGUGACGCGAGGAAAGUUUUCGAAAGCAUGCCGCACAGAAGCGUGGUAGCGUGGAAUGCAUUGCUGCUAGGCUGCGUUGAGAACAGGGAAGCGGAGGUGGCGUUGGAGCUGUUCUCUUCUAUGCAAAGUCCGGAUGCUCUCAGUUUUGUUGCUGCUCUGAAAGCAUGCAUUCUCCUGGCUACUACUGAUGGAGACGCUGGCCGGGUUUCUCUCGAACGAGGCAUGGCUAUCCAUACUCGAGCUGCAAAGUUGGGCUACGACUCCGAGACCAAUGUGUUAGGAGUUCUCGUCGGCAUCGAGUGCUGUGGAACACGCUGAUACUGAGUUAUGUGGACAGCGGCGAACCAGAGCUGGCUCUCGAGAUUUUCCUUCGCUUGCGAGCCGACGACCCUGAGAGGUGUGCUCCGGACGCUCGAA